CUUUGACCUGCAAAGGCGGCGGACGAAUUCGUUCGUAGCGCCGUGUAUAACCCGUCCGUCCGCUGUCGUCUGAACGCCAUAAUUCGAGCAAUGGUGUGUUAAGACAUCAAACUUCCUAACAAUUGUGGCCUAAACACUUGAAGGAAUUUGAUAAAUCAGGAAGAUGAAUAAUCAAGCAUUCAGUUUAGCAGAAAGACUUAUUCCUGCAACUUAUGUGCAACAAGGUUUGAAUGCAAAAAAGACAAGAGAAAAUCUUAUAAGACAUUUCAUUGAACAUCAAAAGUGGCCAGAAGAAGGAUGGGAUGAUGCAACCAUUGAAGCUUUUCUCUCAGAUCUAUCACAAAUGGAUAGCAACAACUUUCCUUCUAACUGCAGUGUAGGAGAACGCGAAGCAAGAAUUGUAUCAAACAUUGUAGCAAGGCGACAUUUUCGAAUGGGUCAUGGGAUAGGUAGAUCAAGUGAUUUAGAAGAAGUACAACCAAAAGCUGCAGGAAGUAGCCUAAUGUAUAAAUUAACAAAUGCUUUAGUACUUGAAGUUAUUCGAUAUAUGGGUGUAAAAAGUAUAGCAGGUUGUUUUCUAUCACCAAUGGCUACAGGCAUGAGUUUGGUGUUAUGUAUGCUAACAUUUAAGCAAGAUAGACCUAGAGCAAAGUAUGUGUUGUGGCCUAGAAUUGAUCAAAAGUCAAGCUUCAAAUCAAUAAUCACAGCUGGAUUAGAACCAAUUGUUAUUGAAACAAAAAUAGUUGGAGAUGAAUUGAAAACAGACAUGCAGAGACUGGAAUCUCAAAUGGCAGCUCUAGGUGAAAGUGUUGCUUGUGUACUAACAACAACUAGUUGUUUUGCACCCAGAGCAUGUGAUUCUAUUGAUUCAAUUGCAGCACUUUGUACACAAUAUAACAUUCCUCAUUUAGUAAACAAUGCCUAUGGCUUACAGAGCACAAGAUGUAUGCAUCUUAUACAAGAAGCGUCACGGAAAGGUCGCGUCGAUGCUUUCGUUCAAAGCACAGAUAAAAACUUUUUAGUACCAGUAGGUGGUGCAAUUAUUGGUUCAUUUGACAAGAAUCUUUUGGAUCGCAUAUCAAAAAUGUAUCCGGGACGGGCAAGCGCAAGUUCUAUAAUGGAUGUAAUGAUAACGUUGCUUAGUUUGGGAAUGGCGGGAUACAAGCAAUUAAUAACGCAACGUAAAGAAAUGUAUUCAUAUUUAAAAGAAGAGCUCGGUAAAUUAGCAGCAAGACACGAUGAAAGAUUAUUAGAUACCAAAGGAAAUCCUAUAUCAAUGGGAAUGACUCUUCAAUGUCUAAGUCAUCAACAUGAUAACAAACAGGUUACAAUGUUAGGCUCAAUAUUAUUCCUUCGCAAUGUUAGCGGUACAAGAGUAAUAACAACAACAGAAUCUAAACAUAUUGUUUCACACAAGUUUGAAGGUUGGGGAGCACAUAAUAGUAAUUACCCAGUACCAUAUUUGACUGCUGCCGCCGCUUUAGGUAUGAAGCGAUCAGAUGUGGAUAUAUUUGUACAACGAUUAGAUAAAGCUUUGACUAAAGUAAGGAGGCGUUCAGCUCCAGUCACACCAACAGCAUCUCUUGCCGGAUCUAGUAUUAAUGGAGAUGCAGGAGGUACUGGAGGUCCUGGAGAAUCAAGCACAGCUUCAACUAGCCGAGCAAGUAGUAAAGAUAGUUUGAGAAAAUGAACCGUAAUCAACGCAACUGGCCAGUCGAACCAGUACAUUAAUUUGUAAGUAAAUUAUUACUUACAUUCUUACAGUUGCAUACCUCUAAAGAACAAUUUCAACAUCUGAGAAAAAUUU